AUGCACUUGGCCAAGGACAGUGUCAUCAAGAUUGGCCCACACCAUGUGGAGACUACAAGCGGUGUCACCUACCCAGCAGAUACCAUCAUCUACGCUACUGGUUCAGAAGUGGCUUUAUCCCAUGGAGAUCAAGGGCGAGAACGGGUACCUAACUUCUUCAUCCUGUAUGGCCCCAACGCUGCCACGGGUCAGCACUCAGUCAUUUUCCACUCUGAAUGCCAGAUCAACUAUACCUGUCGUCUGCUUCGCCAAGUUCUCACCGGCAAUGACCCUGCGGCCUCAAUCAUGGUCAAGCCUGAAGCUCAGCGCCGUGACCUCGCUUGGGUACACGACAAGCUCAGGUAUCCUGUCUUCAACAGCGGCUGUCAGAGCUGGUGGAUGGACCCCAAGACCAAGAAGAACACAUUCAUAUACCCGGAUCCUAUGUUCCUUUACUGA